CCGCUAGGCACUCUGGGAGUUGUAGUUCUUGGAGCGGGGCGCGCAGCGGCGGCGGCGACUGGCGGGACUCUGUUUCCCAGCGCGCCCCGCGGCGGCCCGAGGGGAGCGGGACGGGGACCGGGCGCUCGCUGAGGAGCUGGGAAGCACCACAGGGAGCCAGGAGCCAACAAAUCAUCUCAACACCUCCAUGAGGCAUUAAGUCUGAUCUAUUGCUCUGUCUGAAACCUCACCAGGGAACACAAGUGUUAGAAAUGGCAGAAAAGGUGAAUAACUUCCCACCGCUCCCCAAGUUCAUCCCUCUGAAACCAUGUUUCUACCAGAAUUUUGCUGAUGAAAUCCCCAUCGAUUACCAGUUCCUGGUGAAGAGAAUCUAUCAUGUGUGGAUCUUUUACUGCAUCACGCUGGCCGUGAACCUCAUUGCCUGCCUGGCCUGGUGGAUCGGGGGAGGCUACGGGGCCAACUUUGGCCUGGCCAUCCUCUGGCUGGUCCUCUUCAGCCCCUGUGGCUACGUCUGCUGGUUCCGACCUGCCUACAAAGCCUUCCGGUCGGACAGUUCCUUUAAUUUCAUGGCCUUUUUCUUCAUCUUUGGGGCACAGUUCCUCCUCACGGUGCUGCAGGCGAUCGGCUUCUCCGGAUGGGGAGCGUGUGGAUGGUUGGCAGCCAUCACCUUCUUCAGCACCAGUGUGGCAGCUGCUGUGUUCAUGCUGUUCCCUGCCAUCAUGUUUACCAUGUCAGCGGUCGCAAUGCUCAUCUGCAUUGUAAGGGUACAUAAAAUCUACCGAGGGGCUGGUGGAAGCUUCCAGAAGGCUCAAGAUGAGUGGAACAGCGGCGCAUGGAGGAACCCUCCCAGCAGGGAGGCCCAGUACAGCAAUUUUUCUGGGAACAGCCUGCCAGAGUACCCCACAGUGCCCAACUACCCCUCUGCAAACCAAUGGCCUUAAGCAGCAACAGCUGCAAACUGCCUGGAGUCUCUCCUUUUUGGUCUUUUUAUUCUUGUUCUUGGAAAAGAUCAUUUGCAUUCCCUCCCAAGCACCCCACUCAUCUCGAGGGCCUUUCUGGUUCUUGUCUCCUGAUCCCUGAGGAAUAUCCGUGCUCUCAGCCCUUCCCACCUCCACUGCACUGCACGGCCAUGGCAGAAAGCUUUUUGUUUGCCUUGAGUCACCAGUAUUUGCCUCGUUGCAGACUAAGAACAAACCCUUCGCUGCCCUUGCUUGAGGGAAUCCUCUCCUGACCAUCCCUGGAAAAGGCUCAGCUUCCCCACGAUGGCAACACUCCCACAGCUGCUCCUGCCCCUGCUCCUGCUCAGCUUCCAUGGAAUGCCCAGCACAGCACCACGCCGUCUGUAGCAAAAGCAAUCAGAGCAUUAGUAGCAACUGGUGUUUACUCUCCUGGAUGAAUAAUGUGGAAUUUUUCACUCUAAGGGAAAUGCAGCAUUUAAAUGAUUUGGUACUAGUGACACUGAAGUGAUUUGUGAAAGCUCCACCCUCCGUGGGAGGAUCCCUGCAGGUAACAGAGGUGCCCUGGGUGAGUCCUCGGAUGGGAAGUCCCCACAAUCCUCCUUUGCCUGCUCAGACUGUUGUGAUGCUACAGCUCUUGCUUUCCCUGCUGCCAAAACCUCUUGCUGGAUCUGUGUGUUCCAAAGGUACAGAUUCAUCAACUUAGGUUCAUGAUUUCUCUGUAAAGCCUGAAUCAAAACCCAGUGCAGAGCUGACACUGGGCCUUGGUGAUGUUCACCCUGGAGCAGGGACUCAGCACGAGAUUUCCCCACCACGUAACUUCCAGCCAGGUUUUGUGCUGGAUGCAAGAUAAUGAUUGAUCUCAGUGCUGGAGCCCCAGUGGGUUUGGAAAUGCUUCUGUUACAAUGAAUAGUUUAAUUCUGCCUUCUGGUGUAGCUGAACUCCAGAUAUUACAGUGGGGUCUGGGAGACCAAGGGAAGUUUGUUAGUCCUCAUGGCUGCUGUUGGCUCUGUAGCUGGCAGGACUUCCCUGAGGGAGAGAUUCCUGCCUUUCUCCAGCAAUCAGCUGAAGGGAGGAUGAAGCUGUUGGGAGGGAUUGUUUUCCCUGAGAUUAUCCUCCACCUUGUCAUUCAUCUCCAUUCUGUGCCUGAGCCAUCCAAUUCCCUGUGUCCUGCAGCGAUCCAGGCAGCAAAGGCUGCGCUUUCCUCUUCCCCCUCAGCCUGCUGUGAAUUUUUUAAAACCUGUCCAAACUGGGAGGUCAGUUCCCAAUUUUUUUAUAGGGAGUGAGUAUUUCAAGUCUUUGGCUCUCAAAGUUUUGGCCAAUGAUCCAGAGUGCUCCAUUUGGGAGACCUAGGAGGGGUUGGGCACCCUGGGGAUCAGACCCGGAGCCUGCUGCCUUGGCAGGCUGUUGGUGGGGUUAUUCCAAAUUCCUAAAUUCACACUGAGCAACUGGAAAACACAACUGGCUCCUGGAAAGGGACAGAGACAUGGUCCUAGCUAGGUGGAAUUGAUUUGCAAGUGGUCUUUUGAAAUUUUUUCUCUACAUGUGCCUUAUCUAAUGAAAUCACAGUACACAGAGGAGAGCUCCUGCUUCCCCCUCGCCCCUGCAGAAUUCCCUGUUUUCCUGUUAACUUGUCCUGUGUCACACUGUAAAUAAUGAGGGAAGCACAGUCUGGAAUCUGCAAGACCCCUGUGUUACCAGGGCCAAAGCAAAAGCAACCCCAGAUUUCCCCAAAUUUCCGUUUACAGCCACACUGACCCCUGCUGCAGGAGCAGCCCUCCACUGGCUCUGGGAUGUGCAAUGUGCUCCCAGCACCAGGGGUUUUUCCUGGAGAGUGUGCAAUGUGCUUGGGAGGACGAGCUCUUGGAGCCUUCUUAACAGACCAUGACCUGAUGGCAUUGUGAAGCUUUUAGGUGCCUUUGUCUAGUGUCAAGUGUAAUUUUAAAUGUUCUUUGUCGCUUGCCAUCGGAGUGAUGGAAGAACUGCCUGGCGUUGACUCCCUGGAAAUACGAUGGAUGCACCACGGGGUGAGGGCUGAAGGUGGGAUUGGCCACGCCUGGGAGCCAGGACAUGGUGCACCUGUGUCCCUCAGUCCUGCCCCUUGCCAUCCUCUUGCCAAAAUUCUUCAAAACCAUUUGAUACCUGCCCCAUUUCAAUGUGUCAAGUUGGAGGUUUUGAAGGAACCAAGAGGAGAAGUGUUGCUGGGGGCUCCACAUCCUGCUUCUCUUUGGGAUUUUCCCCUUGGAGAAUCUGGGGGCUGUGUUGAAGCACCCACCCUCAGUCACACUGGAAAUGUUUGAUGCAAGGAGAGGGGGUGCCUGCCCACCAGAAUGGUUGGAGCUGGACACCAAAAUCACACCCUGUUAGCCUGCACUGCCUGAGAUCCCUGUGGAGAUCAAUGCACCUCCAGCUGGGAGCUCCAUCCCCUCCCCUCCCUCCUCUUCAAUGCCAGAAACUCUAAUUCCAGAAAGUCCAACACGCUGCCUGAACAAAUGGCUUAAUUUUUUUCUUUUUUUUUUUUUUUUGGACUCCUCUGUAUGUUUUUAAAUGUUUACAUUAGAUUUCUAAAAGUUCUUAACACCAUUAACCCGGCCCUGGCUCCUGGUGUGGUCGGGCGUCACGUGGCGUGUCUGUGUGUGAUGUUUCGUGUCACCUGUGGAGCUCUGGGUUUUGUUUGUGUUUUUCUCCUGAUCACAAGACAAUAAAUGCUCAUCCUGUGCUUGAUGAGGAGAACUGGCCGCA